UGUAAUUAACAAAAAAUGAAAACGAUAUAUACAUUAUGCACAAUGUGUAUAUAUGUAUAUAUAUAUGGGCAUGUACAAUGCACACACAAGUACACGUACAAUGUAUACUUUUCCUUUUAAUUUUAAAGUACAGUAUAAGUACAAAUGCCACCUAUGCACUUUGUGCAUGAAUGCCAUCAUUGUAAAAUGAUUUCUGUUAUUUAAAUUAAUAUCAAUAUAGCACAAUAUAUUUUGUUUAUUACAGUUUUAUUUGUUAUAAUCGAUAGAUAUAUUUUUAUAAAGUUUUAUAUUUUUAUAGCGUGUACUGGCAAAAAUAAAAGCUAUAAAAUAAAUAUAAUACAAUGUUGCCUUUUGUAAAACAUAAUUACCUCAAAAAGAGACUGACUAAUCAGAGUAAAGUGCAAUUAUUAUUACAAAUAACAAGAAGCAUACAUAUAAAAGACAAUGAAGAAUAUCAGUACAUUGAAAGAAGUAAAACUCCAACAAUGCAUUUUCAACCAUCUCUACCACGUUUACCUAUUCCAAAAUUGGAGGAUACAUGUAAAAGAUAUCUAAAUGCACAAAGGCCACUGUUAACUAAAGAACAGUUGGAAAAGACUGCAACUUAUGUUAAUGAAUUUCUAAUCAAAGAUGGUAUUCAAUUACAUAAAGAAUUAAUUGAAAGAGAUAGUAAAAAUCGUUAUACUAGCUACAUUAGUGAACCUUGGUUUGAUAUGUAUCUCCAAGAUCGUAGACCUUUACCUAUUAAUUAUAAUCCUUUCCUAGUUCUUGAACCAGCAUCAAAUCCAGAACAUAAUAUACAAUUAGUAAAAGCUACAAAUCUUAUUGUGUCAUCGUUACGAUUUAUGAAAUCCUUAAAAGAGAAUGUUUUACGACCAGAAAUAUUCUAUUUAAAAUCUGAAACAGCUCGAAAUAAUGCAUUUCAUGUUAUUACAAGACUUCUACCUCCUCAGUUCAGUUGGUAUGGUGCUUAUUUGUUUAAGGCCUUUCCAUUAGAUAUGUCACAGUAUCACAAUCUAUUCAAUACAACGAGAUUACCAGAAUUAGGAAAAGAUCAAAUCUAUGAAAAUCCAAUUGGCAAAAAUAUUAUUGUCAUGAGAAAAGGACACUUUUACUCUUUUAAUGUAAUAGAUGAAAAUGGUUAUAUUCAUAAACCAAACGAAAUAGCUAGUUGUUUAAAAUCUAUUUUAGAAGCCACCAUAUCAGUUAAUGAAAAUCCUAUUGGUGUACUUACAACAUCAGAUCGUAACUUGUGGGCUAACACAAGAAUACAUUUAUCACAAAUUGGUAACCAAGAAAUUCUGCAAAAUAUAGAUUCUGCUCUAUUUACAAUGAUAUUAGACGAUAUAAAUAUUGGCACUGACUAUAACAAGUUAAUUAGAACAUAUCUCCAUGCGGAUGGAACAAAUAGAUGGUUUGAUAAAUCAUUUUCUCUAAUUGUUACAAAAGAUGGAUAUGCUGGAAUAAAUUUUGAACAUUCUUGGGGAGAUGGAGUUGCUGUGCUAAGAUUUCUUAAGGAUAUAAAAAAUGACAUAACAGAACAGCCAAAAUUCUGUGUUGAUGAUAUUAAAUAUCUUCAAAAAGGAGCAGCAGAAGUCAAAAAGCUCAAUUUUGUUAUAGAUAAUAAAAUACAAAAUAUUGUGAAUACACAAAAAAAAGAAUUUGAAAAAUGGACCAGAGAGUUAGCUGUUGAUCAUUUGAUAUUUAAUGAAUUUGGUAAAAAUAAGUGUAAAAAAUUCGGUGUAAGCCCUGAUGCCAUUAUGCAGUUAGCCUUCCAAUUAGCUUUAUAUUAUCAAAAAAGCUGUGUAGCACCGACAUAUGAAUCUUGUAGUACAGCAGCAUUUAAACAUGGCCGAACAGAAACUCUAAGGUCAUGCACAAUGGAAACAAAAAAAGCAUGUGAAGUUAUGGCUCAAAAUAAUGAAAAUUUAUCUAAGGCUGAAUUGAAAAAAUUAAUAAUCAAUUGUGGUGAAAUUCACAAUAAACUUUCUAAAGAAGCUGUUAUGGGUCAGGGAUUUGAUAGACAUUUAUUUGCAUUAAAAAAAAUUUGGGAACAUUCGAAUAUUCCAAAACCAACUAUUUUUGCGGAUCCAGCAUAUGAUAAUAUAAAUAAUAAUAUUUUAUCUACAUCAACUCUUUCAGAUUCAGCUAUAUAUGCUGGUGGUUUUGGACCAGCAGUAAAAAAUGGAUAUGGAAUCGCAUAUAUGAUUCAAGAUGAAAAAUUAGGAGCUAUAAUAACAAGUUACAAAACUAAUUGUAACGUAAACGAAUAUGUAAAAUGUUUGGAAAAGGCAUUUACAAAUAUUUAUUCUGUAAUGACCUAUGGGAAAUGAUAACAUUAUAUAAGUGCAAUCACUGUUCAAUGAGUGUUAUUAUAUCGAAGAUAAAAAAACUCUAAUAUUGUUGAUUAUACACAUAAGACUUGAAUUUUUGUACAAUUGUUACGUUGUAUUAUUAUAAACAUAUAAAGAAGUACAUUUUUUAUAUUAUCUAAUAAAAAUAAAUCAACUCAUAAAUAAUAUUAUAUACUGUAUUUUGCACAUAUAUUAAUAAAUGUGACACAGUGUUAUAUUUAUCUAAUAGAAUAUUUUGGUCAAAAAAAUGUAUAUACACGUUUGAAAAAGGCAUUGAGCGCUAUAACGCACUCAAAACAAUAAGCAAAGGACUGCAUUACAGCAAUAAACUUUACACUAUUAGACAUAGUUAUCUAUAUACAUGGUUGA